GGCUGAGCACGCGUGUGUGCGGACGCCGUUGCGUGAGAGAGUUUUGCUACCCGGCCUGCUUCGGAGUGAAGACUCUUCCUCUCCCGCUCAGCCUUGCAGGUUGCAGUUGACCAAAGAGAUGGUUAUGGAGAAGCCAAGUCCCCUGCUGGUCGGGCGGGAAUUUGUGAGACAGUAUUAUACUUUGCUGAACCAGGCACCAGACAUGCUGCAUAGGUUUUAUGGAAAGAACUCAUCUUAUGUUCAUGGAGGUUUGGAUUCCAAUGGAAAACCAGCUGAUGCUGUAUAUGGACAAAAAGAAAUCCAUCGGAAAGUGAUGUCCCAAAACUUUACAAAUUGUCACACUAAGAUUCGUCAUGUGGAUGCUCAUGCUACCCUCAAUGAUGGUGUUGUGGUCCAGGUGAUGGGAUUGCUGUCUAAUAAUAACCAAGCAUUUAGGAGAUUCAUGCAGACAUUUGUACUUGCACCAGAGGGUUCUGUUGCAAACAAAUUCUAUGUACAUAAUGACAUCUUCCGAUACCAAGAUGAGGUUUUUGGUGGUUUUGUCACUGAACCCCAAGAAGAAUCUGAGGAAGAAGUAGAAGAACCAGAGGAAAGACAGCAGACCCCUGAGGUAGUUCCUGAUGACUCUGGAAAUUUUUACGACCCAACUGUCAGCAAUGACCUGGAGGAGCACCUGGAGGAGCCUGUUGCUGAGCCAGAGCCAGAGCCAGAACCAGAGCCUGAGCAAGAAGCUGAACCUGAAAUUCAUGAAGAAAAGUCUGAACCAGCUUUGGAAGAACCUGUUUCUGAGGAGACUCAAAAGAGCUCUUCUCCUGUGCCCGUGGAUUCUGCUCCAGCAGUACAGGAGGACUUGAGGACAUUUUCCUGGGCAUCUGUGACCAGUAAGAACCUUCCACCUAGUGGAGCUGUUCCAGUGUCUGGGAUACCACCUCAUGUUGUUAAAGUACCAGCUUCGCAGGCUCGCCCAGAAUCAAAACCGGAAUCUCAGACACCACCACAGAGGCCCCAGAGGGACCAGAGAGUGAGGGAACAGCGAACUAAUAUCCCACCCCAAAGGGGACCCAGGCCAAUUCGUGAAGGUGGUGAACAGGGUGAUAUGGAUACAAGGAGAAUUGUGAGAUAUCCAGACAGUCAUCAGCUUUUUGUUGGAAAUCUUCCACACGAUGUGGACAAAGCAGAAUUAAAAGAUUUCUUCCAAAGUUUCUGUGUUUCGUUCAAAGGUUACGGGAAUGUUGUGGAACUUCGAAUUAAUAGCGGUGGGAAGCUACCCAAUUUUGGUUUUGUGGUGUUUGAUGACCCAGAGCCAGUUCAGAAGAUCCUUGGCAGCAGACCUAUCAUGUUUAGAGGUGAGGUGCGUUUGAAUGUGGAGGAGAAGAAGACACGAGCUGCCAGAGAAGGUGAUCGUCGAGAUAACAGACCACGUGGACCAGGAGGCCCGAGAAGUGGGCUAGGUGGCGGAAUAAGAGGGCCUCCCCGUGGAGGAAUGUCUCAGAAAACAGGAUUUGGAGCUGGAAGGGGGAUUGGUCAGCGUCAAUGAAUUCGGCACACGGAUCUUCACAUGAUGGCACAAACCUUUGCUCCUGCAGCGUUGUGAAUUUCAGCCUUGGGUGUCUUGGAAUGUGACCCUAGCCUGUUAUAUAGACUGCCUACGUUUGAUACAAUUUCAGGCUCUUUUUUGUUUGUGUUAAUGGUUUUUUUGUGUGUGCUGUUUUCAUCCCCCAAUGCCCCCCUAAGUCCUUGUCCCCAAUUCCAGUUUUGUGGAACAAUAUUUUAGGAAAAGUCGAUUUUUAAAGAAGAAAAAAACUGAAAUUCUUGCUCACCUCAAAUAUACGGACUAGAUUUUUUUCUUUUUCUUUCUUUUUAUUUUUACAACAGCGGUUUUAUCCCAAAGGACUAUAUCUUUUGCUUAUAACUGAUAUUGAAAUAGUUUUCUUUUUCCUUUUCCACGUUUCCAAGAAUUGGUCAGAAACCCAGGAUUUGGCAAACAUUUUGAGGGCAGGAAAAACCCCAGUUGUUCAUUGAGGGCCAUGACUACUCUCUGGUUUGGAAUUGUUGCCACUGGAAAAAUUGACAGUCGCACUUUCCUCUGUGGCAUGGUUAAAAAACGGAAUAAAGGGUAUUCAUAGAACUUUUUUUUUUGCUUUUGAUACGUGAUCACAUAAAAAUGAAUUCUAAACUACUGUUUUUACCACUUGGAAUUUUGGAUUGUGGGAUAGGUUUUAAAUGUGUAGAAUUCAAUUCUUUAAAAUGCUUUUCCUGAAUUUGUGGAAAAAAUUUUUUAUUGAAGUAGGGAGUUUUUUUUCAUGUUUUAGUUUGUAUUUGUAAAAAAACAAAACAAAACAAAAAAACAGCAAAAUUGUUGUGCCUUCUAUUUAUCUCUCAUUCCAGUCUUGGCAAAUUGUUUUAAAAUAAAUAAAAAUAAAAACAUCUAGAUUUGCUUUAUCA